AAAAUGCCACGGCCAAAAAUUUUGAAACGAGCAACUGUCCAGCCCAGUGCCGCCGUUCCUGUGAAAAAAUCGACUCCAGAAAAAGAAGGAUCCAGACAGAAAAAGACGAAUGGAAAAGAGAAUGCUUCUAGAAAUUUGCAAUCAAAUUUAGAAGAAGAUUUGGAACAACUGGGCUUCGAGGAUGAAACUGUAUCAAUGGCUCAAUCAGCAAUCGAAAAUUACUUUAUGCAAGGAAAAUCGGCGUCAGAACGAAUGAAUAAUGCGAAAUCCCGUCGUGGAAGACGUGCUGGAAAUGGAAAUACUGAAGAAAUUGAGGAAGACGAUGAGAUCAGUAAUGCUAUCACUGAUUUCACAAAAUGUGAUCUCCCUGGACUUCGAAAUUAUAUUACCAAAAAAGAUAACACGGAAUUCGAAAAACGAUUGGAGCAUCUCGCGGAUAAUGAUUUCGGAAAAUGGAAGCUUUACCUAGCAGCUGGAUUUAAUAUUCUUUUGCACGGUGUCGGUUCGAAGCGUGAUGUUCUCACAGAAUUUGAGAAUGAGCUAUCCGAUUAUACAUAUAUGAGAGUGGAUGCACGGAAAGAUGGGCUCAAUGUAAAAGUUCUUCUUGGAGCUAUCAAUGAGAAUAUGAAGCUGAAUUGUAAUGUGAAGAGAGGCCAAUCUACGAUUAGUUGGGCUCGAUCUAUUCGCAGAAAAAUGAAUAGCCAACAGUUGAUUCUUAUCAUUGAUAAUAUUGAAGCUCCUGAUUGGAGAAGUGAUCAAGAAGCAUUUUGCGAACUUCUUGAGAAUCGGGAUUCGGUGAAAUUGAUUGCUACAGUUGAUCACAUUUACUCGACGUUCAUCUGGAAUUCGCGUCAACUAUCAUCACUCUCAUUCGUUCACAUCACAAUCAACACCUUCGAAAUUCCACUUCAAGAAUUAAUGACUGGAGAUUCUCGUCUUCUUGGUCUUGAUGCUCGUUCGAAUCAAUCCUCUCAUACAAUGUCAUCGCUUGAUGUGUUCUGGAAAUCUCUUGCCGUCAAUUCACAAAAAUUAUUCCGUCUCUUUUUCCAAAUGUACUUUGACACCAAGAAGCCUGUCAAAUUCUGGGAUUUGUUCAAUGCGGCAAAAGAUGAUUUCAUUGCUUCAACUGACGCUGCUCUUCGAACCCAACUUGUCGAAUUCAAGGAUCAUCGGGUUUUGAAGUGGACCCGUGGUGAUGACGGAAACGAUCAGCUGUCGGGCAUUGUCGAAUUACGAUUAGUGACCGAAUUUCUCGAAUCGAAGAACAUGCCGUUAGACGAAAAGAAAGACGAGUAGCUGCUGCUACUGCUGGAGGACCUCAAAAAUGAACACACUCUGCCUCCUUUUGACUCAAUGUAUUUACCUUCAAUUGUUUUAUUUGUUGACUCUGCGCCCCCCGUCCGUCCGUCGAUGCUUCUUCAUCCCAUUUUUUUUUACUUCAAUUGAAACCUCAAUCUUCACUUACUCUCAUCUGAACGCUCAUAUUUAAGGCAAUAAUUUUCAUUUUCAAAUAUAUCAAUUGAAACCUUUAUCUACCGUAAUACCAAUUUUGUGUACCUUUUCAAAAAUCUCAUUUCCCCCUCGGUUUUUUCUUCACGAUUUCUCAAUUAUUUUCAGUUUCUCACUAUCAGUUUCACAUUCCCAUAUUUGAAUGAAUCUCAUUUU